CUCUUCCUCUUCACAAACACCGUAGGGAAAAAAUGCCAGAGUUAAAAACGCUUCCUUCUUAAAACUGAAACCCAUUUAUUAUUUGUGGGACCACCCCCCCGCCCCCUCGUCUCUCUCUCUCACUCAUGCAGCUGAAAGUAUCUUGUCAAGAAGCCAGAAACCAAACAAUGGCUAUCUGUAAUAGAGAUAUACAUGGAACAAUGUUGUUCUUGUACUUGCACUACGUUCUUUCACAUGGGUUCUCAGAGAAAUCUUAAAUAAUUGAAGGGAGAGAGGUUGGUGGCAGGGCCUUUCGAUUAUUCUCCUCCUGAGUAUGAUUGUUUUUGUAAAAAUGGCUUUUUAGCAAUGUUGACGGGAGACAUAAAUUCGUCCUUCAGAGGGUGCAAAAUCUCCUGCAUCACCUUUUCAACUACCUGCUUUCCUUUUCUUUUUUUAUCCCAGCACUCAUUUCAUGGUUAUAUUGUAAUCCCCACGCGGGAUUUGUAUAUUCAUUCAUUCAUAGUUCUUAGAUUCCAGAAUGAAUAGAUUUUUCUGGAUGGGGCUUGCUUCGAGUGUAGUCUGUAGAUAUUGACCUUUUCGUGGUUUCGGAUGACCGUGUCUGAGAGACCUUGCAAUGAGCAUGAAGGAGGUUUUUGCUUAAUCUCCACCCAAGGUGGAGACACCCUUUUCACCGAGGAAGGAAGGAAAGCCUAACCUUCUACAGGCCACUGAAGAUGACAUUGAUGGAGAAGAAGAAAUCUGCCCAGAAUCUUGCCGAGACGAUUCAUUCCCUUCUCGGGUUGAAGUCAAAUUUGACUUCUAACUGGAUCAGAUCAGUAUGUGGCAUUAUGAGAAGCCUUCCAUCCCCUCGUUCGUCUAACAGGAUCGGACUGAAAAUAUCUGACACGGAAAAGGAGAAUAACACCAGUGACAUGGACUUGAGCAUGGUCAUUCCGAAAAUCAAAGAUGAACUUGCUGAACUGAGUGAUUGCAUCAGACAGUUGAAUGUUCAGAGAAGGCAGGUUCUCAAUGAAUACCUGGACAUGAAAGGAAAUAUUCGUGUAUUUUGCCGUGUCAGACCGAUGAAUGUGACUGAGAAUAUUGGGUGUGCUAGGCCAGUCGUGGCCACGGAUUCAAGCAAUGUUUUCCUGAAAGUUGCACGUGGCAACAACAAAAGCUAUAGUUUUGAUAAGGUUUUCCACCCAAGUUCAUCACAAGGUGAAGUUUUUAGCGAAGUUGAGCCUGUGAUCAAAUCUGCAUUGGAUGGGUAUAAUGCCUGCAUCUUUGCAUAUGGUCAGACAGGCACAGGGAAAACUUUCACAAUGGAAGGUACUCGAGAUUUUCCAGGAAUAGUUCCUCGUAGUAUUGAAGCACUGUUUGAGCAUGCUUUGGAGAGUAAUUGUACAUACCUCUUCACGUUCAGUAUGCUUGAGAUUUAUUUGGGUAAUCUCAAGGAUUUGUUUGUCCCUCAGCCUAAAAAACCAACAGAUCCGAGGCCACCAUGUCUUUCAGUCCAAAUGGAUGCCCGGGGUGGAAUUGAGGUUGAAAACCUUGUGGCCAUACCAGUGAGCGACUAUAACCAAGCCCUAAGGUUGUAUAAACUGGGUUGCCGAUUCAGGUCGACUGCUUCUACAAAUUCUAACUUAACCUCAAGCAGAUCACACUGUAUGAUUCGCAUAAAAAUCACAUGCUCCAAUGCACCUGAGAGGCGACGUGAAUCAAAUAAAGUUUGGUUGGUCGAUCUUGGAGGUAGUGAGCGUGUUCUGAAAACAAAGGCAUGGGGCAAGAGACUUGAAGAGGGAAAAGCAAUAAACUUGUCACUUUCUGCUCUUGGAGAUGUCAUCAAUGCCCUCCAGAGGAAAAAGCCUCACAUACCUUUCAGGAAUAGCAAGCUGACGCAAGUUCUAAAAGAUUCAUUAGGGGAGGAUUCCAAAACGCUGAUGCUGGUGCAUGUGAGUCCAAAAGAGGAAGAUCUCUGUGAGACAAUAUGCACACUAGGUUUCGCAGCAAGAGUAAGAAGCAUCCACCUGGGAACUGAAGACCCAAUAGAAAGUGCGUGUAAGGAAGCUGCAAUGCAAACCCUCCAGGAAACUAUGGUAAAGAUUGAAGAUGAGCGUCAAAGAGUAAGCAGAGAGAUUAAAGAGUUAAACAGAAAGCUAGAAAAUCUGAUGGGGACAUCACCUUCCUAUGAAAAUGAUCACUCAACUACUGAAGAGCCUGAGUUUGAUUUCGGCACCAGCAAGCACAAAGCCAAAGAUGCGAGAGCAGCUCCUCUAUCUAAACUACCACGAUUUAUGAGGCCAACAAUAUGCAGCCAAAGAAAAUCCGGGACCGAGCACCAAAUUUCUGAGGGGAAGUACCUUGGCCAAACAAAAAGGAGGAGAGCUCCAUCUCAUCGUGCCGGGUCUGUGAAUUUUCCCAUGAAGAGUCACUCGGAUUACAGGUCUGAUUGCAGCAUUUCCAGAGCCAGUUGCCUGAUCGACUUGGAUACCAUGUGCAAUGCAGAUACUGAGACAGAAUACAGUCAGGACACAAACGAAUGCGAUGUCAAAAUGGUAGUACUCUCAGAAGAGAGAAGAUUCCCAAUUACAACUGAUGGAAAGGCACAGUUAGAUCACAAUAUGGUUCUUCCUAGUAUUGGCAGCAAAUUCUAUUCCACGGAAAUCCUAGAGGUCGCUGAUGGGCUAAAUUCACAGAAUGCGGUAAAUGCUGCUGGUAGUUGUAAGAGUAAACGGGUUCCAGCUGUUCCUCUUCCCCCAAAGUUCAGGUGCAUUGGACAGAGUAAUGCAGGUGUAUCGUGCACUGAAAGUUCAGAUGCAGAGAAUUCUCCAUUGAAAGGCCUCAUAGAUAUUUGUAAAAACAGAGAAGAAAGUCAGAAAAGCUACUCUUCAAGCUCGACAUCUGAAGCGGAAAUUGACAAACUCAUUACCCCCUCAACUGGUUUUAUGGAUACACACUCUGAAUCUUGUUGCAGAACUCCAUCCUUAACAAAUGAAUCCAUGAUAUGUACACAACAUAGCAUUGAUGCUUUGAUGAUACUGGAUCAUGACAGUACCAAUUACCACUGUCCACACAAUGUGGCGUGUGGUAGACUGGACCAGAACAGUAAUAAUGGAAGAGUUGAUCAAUUGACCCCCAUGGAUGGUGUAAAGAGUGAAACUCACAGUUUUGAGGCUUCCCCUUAUGAACAUAGAGAAUAUUUUUUUUCUCCGUUUGGAUCUCCUCAUGAUUCCAUUGGUCAAGAAAAAGAACUUGGGGUCAGCACAUCAAACUGUAACGUAGAACCUGACAAUUCUAACUUGUCACUUGGAUUGACUAGAGGAGAUCCAAAAAGUGCUAGCUUGUUUGGAAAGUCUACAGCAGGAAGACAACGUGACAUGCUCAGAAUGAAACACCAACGUGCUCUAUUCAAAGACAAUGCCAAUCAUAAUAAUGCAGACAUGGGCUUAAAAAGGGUUUCAGCAGAGGGAAAUACACAAAAUACAGGUACGGUAGUUUGCCCAGAGAUUUGUUUCACAUCACAUGCUCGUAAUCCCUUCUCUCUAACUAUUGACAGGCAUGUUGCAUCUCCUCCAAAGGAAGUUUUGGAAUCUAUAUUUUACCACUCUUCUGGGACUGGGACUCCAAGGCCUUGGAUUCGAGGAUGAAUUUUUCUCUGGUUUGACUCUCUAAAGAAGCAUCACUUGAAAUGUGCAAGUAACAAUUAUAAAUUGAUCAAUUGUAGAAGGCAGGAGAACCUGGGGUUAGUUGAGCAUUUUUUCUGCAGCCUGGAACUUCACAACAGGAGAAGUAGUCAUAACCAUUGUUUAUGUCCACACGAGGGAGGAACCUGAGAGUUCAUAUAAAUGAUCCUACUGAUAUGCCAUGCCCAGUCAUGGGCGUGAGAAGGCUGAUCCAGUGAACUUCUAUCCCGCUAUUCAUUACCACGUGUGAAGUCAUAUGCAGCACAGGGGAUUUCUGUUUUUUCUCCCCAUCAUUCUAAGUAAGUUUGAACAGAUCUCAUGAGUCUUGCUGAUGGUCGGGUCUGUCCAUCAGAAGACAAAAGAUAACCGAAGGGUGUGAAUGCAUUCCAAACAAAUUUGAGAGGAUUUUGAUUUUGAUCAUGUAAAUAUAAAAAUGCAUCACUAUUUCCAAAAAGCAAGUAUUAGAUUCCUCUA